AAAUCAAUCUAAAAAAUAAAUAAAAAUAUUCGAUCCAAUUCCAUCCUCGUGCUAAUCCAGCCAUGGCGUGCUCCUGGAAACCACUCUGUCUACCCCUACUGAUUCUCAUAGCUUUCUCAGAUUUCAGUUUCGGGCAGGAUUUCCUAAACCCCCAUGUCUGCACCAACGCCGCCAAUUACACCGCCAACAGCACAUACGGCGCCAAUCUCAACGCCGCCCUCGCCGCCGUCUCCUCUAACGGCUCUCAGUACGGCUUCUACAGCGCCGUCGCCGGUCAGGGACAAGACCGAGUCCACGCCAUAGCCCUCUGCAGAACCGACAUCCGCGUCGAUGAGUGCACCACCUGUGUCCGUACCGCCGCCUUCGAGUUACUCCAACUAUGCCCAAAUCAGAAGCAAGCAAUUCGGUGGUACGAAUUCUGCCUGCUCCACUUUUCCGACGGCCCCAUAACUCGGAACCGGUCGGAAGUCAUGUAUCGCCUCAUAAAUACGGCCAACGUCACUAACCCCCAGCAAUUCCAGCAGACGCUGACGUCACUGCUCGACGAUCUUCGUGUUCGCGCCGCCAAUGGAAGCUCCUUCCUCAAGGCUGCGGCGGGGACUAGGAAUUUGUCCGAUUCCAACACACUUUCUGUUUUGCUUCAAUGUCUUCCGACGUUGUCCUCGCCGGAAUGCAGCGAGUGCUUACUUCGUGUGAUCGGAAGAUUGUAUCCUUCCACGCAAGGAACUCGAAUGUUGUCCCCCAGCUGCAUUCUUCGAUACGAGCUUUACAGCUUCUACAACGACACCAGGCUUCAGGAGCUCAAUGUCCUGCCGCGGCCGUUGCCGCCGCCGCCGGGAGGAGGUAAUGAGGAUUAUAAUAGAGGGAAGAAAAACGACAACACGACGAAGAUCAUUGUGGCCGUGGUUGUUCCGAUUGCAGUAUUGCUUGUACUUGCUGCUUGUGUUGUCUUCUACCUGCGGAGGAGAAUGAAGAAGCGUCUGUCGAAGAUUCCGGAAAGCGCCGAUGAGAUCAGCACGGUCGAAUCGCUGCAGUAUGAUUUUCUACAAAUAAGUGCCGCGACGAAUGGCUUCGCCGAGGCUAAUAAGUUGGGGGAGGGUGGAUUUGGGGCUGUUUACAAGGGAAUUCUUUCGAAUGGGCGAGAAAUCGCUGUGAAAAGAUUGUCGAGGGAAUCCGGGCAGGGCGACAAGGAGUUCAAGAACGAGGUUUUGUUGGUGGCGAGGCUGCAGCACCGGAAUCUGGUGAGGCUGUUAGGCUUUUCUCUUCGCGGAACAGAGAGGCUUUUGAUCUACGAAUAUGUUCCAAACUCGAGCUUGGAUAAGUUUAUAUUUGAUCCCGACAAAAGUUCACUUCUAGACUGGGAGGCGCGAUUCAAGAUCAUCGGAGGUGUUGCGAAGGGACUUCUUUACUUGCACGAAGAUUCUCGACUGAGAGUUAUUCAUCGCGACCUCAAACCUAGCAACGUGCUUCUAGAUGGAGAGUUGAAUCCGAAAAUUGCAGACUUCGGUAUGGCGAGAUUGUUUGGACAAGACGAAACCGAAGGGAACACAAGCAAAGUUGUCGGAACAUAUGGAUACAUGUCGCCGGAGUAUGCAAUAUACGGACAGUUUUCUGUCAAGUCCGAUGUCUUCAGCUUUGGCAUACUUGUCCUAGAAAUCCUAUGCGGUCGAAAAAAUAUGACGGCUAACAGCGGGGAGACCACCGUGGAGGACAUUGUGAGCUCUGUGUGGGAAAAUUGGUGCGACGAGACGACUGUAAACAUAAUCGAUCCUGCGUUGAGGGGCGAGACGGGCUCUGUUCGGGACAUGGUGAGAUGCUUUCACAUUGCUCUGUUGUGCCUUCAAGAAAACCCGGCAGAUAGACCCACCAUGAAUGCCGUCGCCGUGAUGCUGAGUAGCGCGACGAUGACGCUGCAGGUGCCUUCGAAGCCUGCCUUCGUGUCGAUGAGUCACUUCGCCGGAGACUCGCAAGUGACCGAGUCGACUACCGAAUCCAAAGUUACUAUGUCGGUGAAUGAAAUGUCGAUGAGCGACUUCUACCCGCGGUGAUGUCCGAGAAUUUGCUCGCGGAUUUUGUCCUCUAUAAUACUUUUAAUGUUCGAUGCCUUGUAAUAAAAACAUCUAAAAUUAAAAAGAAAUAAAGACUUUGUUAAUAUUUCGACAUAUACAUUUGGAAUUAAUUAAUUAAUUAAUUAAUGUAAAUGUGUAUUCUAAAUUUCAAUAGCCAUUAUUCA